UCUUUCCUUGUAAACUCUAGAGCUCGUUGGAAGCUCGGAACUUCUACACCUUUAGGAGUGUACAAAGGACUUCAGUUGAGAAAAAUGGCACACUUCAAGUUCAUAGCACUUGCAUUGCUUGUUGCUUCAUGUGCUUUGUUGGUGGAGAGCCGAGCUGCUAGAAAGGACUUGGGUCUGGACUUGGGUGGUGGUCUUGGGGUUGGUGUGCGUGCCGGAGUGGGAAUUGCCUUGGGAGGUGGUGGUGCUUCUGGGUCUGGAUCCGGGUCUGGCUCUGGUUCUGGGUCAGGUUCUAACUCUGGCUCUGGCUCUAGCUCCGGCUCCGGCUCCGGCUCUGGCUCUGGGUCAGGCUCUGGUGCAGGUUCGUCUGCUGGGUCAUAUGCCGGUUCUGGUGCUGGCUCAGGUUCCGGUCGUGGUCGAGGAUAUGGUAAAGGAUCUGGAUCCGGGCAUGGUGCCGGUUCAGGAUCUGGUUCUGGACAUGGCGAGGGCUAUGGUUCAGGGUCCGGCUCCGGGAGAGGUUCGGGGUCUGGAUCCGGUUAUGGUGAAGGAUCCGGAUACGGGUCUGGAUCCGGGUCUGGGCAUGGCAAGUGAGUAAUAAUUGCAAUGUUUGUGAAGAUGAUGAAAGUUCACCAGUUUGUAAAUAAAUAAGGAAAGGAAAUGGUGUUAUAUGUA